GGACAUCUCUUGUAUCUCCAUGAUGUGGACAGUCUUCAGCCUGGUUCUUGUCAGCUCCCUUUUUGUACUCAAAAGCGAAGCACUGCAGUGUUACACCUGUGUAGGUUCUAGUGAUGAAGACUGUAACAGACAAGGAACUCAGCAAUGUCCAGGGCAUUCAGAUGCAUGUGCGGUCAUUAGAGGACAAGCAAGUGGCAUUAUGAAGUCCUGUUCGUUCAGGUCCUUCUGCGAGCGGGCAAGGAGGGACGGAUCCAGAGCGCCUGGAGUGAGCGUUCACUGCUGCUACUCAAACAACUGCAAUGCAAAAAGCCUGGCUUCAAGAGUCACCACCUCCACAAGCUACUUCUCUCUCCUCGUCUUUGCAUUGCUGUGGCACCUGUUGUUGAGGCUGACAUGA